CUUCGGGUCCCUCCCCGCCCACCCCCUCCCCGGCCUUUGCAUGAAACUUCCCCGCUUCGUCCGGAGUGAAGCACAGACCCCGACGCCCGCCCGCCGCCCGCCCGCGCUCUUGGAGGGAAGACCCCGGGGCUCAAAGGAAGGAGUCUCCUCCUGGCAUCUCCUGCAAGUGAUGCUCAUCCCUCUGGUUGUGAUGCUGCUGCAGACUGGCAGCAGCUACUGCGGCCUCCCUUUCUACAAUGGUUUCUAUUAUGACCGAGUGAUGAAUGACAAAGGCGAUGGCAACGGAGAAGUUCACUUUAAUGGUGCGAGGCUGAUGGUCGAGACAUCGCAGGAUGCCGUCUUCUCCCUCCGCGGCGCCAACGUCACACUGCCUUGCCGUUACUACUACUUGCCCAAACUGGAUGCCCCGCGCAUGAUCCGCAUCAAGUGGUCCAAGCUGAAGGAGGACAGCACCAGGGACGCGGAUGUGCUGGUUUCUUCGGGGUUGAAGCAUCGCAGCUUUGGUGACUUCCGAGGGCGCACUCGCCUCCAGCGCUCCGCUCCCCACGAAGUGUCCCUGGUGAUCGGUGACCUGCGCUUGCGCGACGCGGGGAAGUACCGCUGCGAGGUCAUUGACGGGCUGGAAGAUGAGAGCGGGACCGUGGAUCUCGAGCUGCAAGGAGUGGUCUUCCCUUUCCAGCCUCACCAGGGACGCUACAUGUUCAACUUCCAUGAGGCUAAGAAGGCGUGUGAGGAGCAGGAUGCGGUCCUUGCUUCCUUUGAGCAGCUCUUUCAGUCCUGGAUGGAGGGCCUCGACUGGUGCAACGCAGGUUGGCUGGCGGAUGGCACCGUCCAGUACCCCAUCACCCUUCCCCGGGAGCCUUGCGGUGGGAAGGACUUGGCCCCGGGCAUCCGAAACUAUGGGGAACGCCACAAGAGCCUCCAUCGCUUUGAUGCCUUCUGCUUUUCAUCCGCUCUGAAAGGGAGGGUUUAUUACCUGGCGCACCCUCAGAAGCUCACCUUAGAAGAGGCCAAGCAGGCCUGCCAGGAUGACAAGGCUGAGAUUGCCAAGGUGGGCCAGCUCUAUUCGGCAUGGAAGUUUCUAGCCUUGGACCAAUGUGAUGCCGGGUGGUUGGCCGAUGGCAGCUUGCGCUACCCGAUCGCCUCUCCACGGCUCAACUGUGGCCCACCAGAACCUGGCAUCCGAAGCUUUGGCCACCCCAAAGUGGGGAAAUUUGGAGUCUACUGUUACAAGAUGAGCUAAAGGAAGGAAGGAAAGAAAGAAAAGAAGGAGCAGAAUGGGACAGCGCCCUGCGCGAGUGGACAGUGUUGUUGCCACUUGCCACCAACAAGGGUUUAUUUAAAGAGCCAACUUGUGUGGGCUGUGUCUUGUUAAAUGGUUGUCUGUGCUUGUUUGUUUUUAUGUUUUUGUAAUGCAAAGCAGGCAUGUCUUGUGAGUUGUUAUGGGGCAGAAUUGGGGCUUUGUUGUCAACAUCAUCCAUUUGGAAGGAAGCUCUGUGUUUCAUGGGGAUGGGGGUCUAAUUAUUGUGCCUUCUGGAAUGGGGUUGUGCUAAGCAUUUGCAAAGGGGAGUAUUCUGCUAGUUGGUAUGCCUUAUUCGAGGAAUUCCCACUCUGGUGUGGUAUUUCCCAGUUCUUAACACUGUACAUUUCACCCUUCCGUAAAUGCAACAAAGUUGAGCCUUUUUUGUGUUGUCGAAGGCUUUCAUGGCCGGGAUCACAGGGUUGUUGUAUGUCUUUCAGGCUGUGUGGCCAUGUUCCAGAAGCAUUCUCUCCUGACGUUUCGCCCACAUCUAUGGCAGGCAUCCUCAGGGGUUGUGAGGCAUGAAUAAACUAGGCAAGGAAAGUACAGUAGAGUCUCACUUAUCCAACACUCACUUAUCCAACGUUCUGGAUUAUCCAACGCAUUUUUGUAGUCAAUGUUUUCAAUAUAUCGUGAUAUUUUGGUGCUAAAUUCAUAAAUACAGUAAUUACUACAUAGCAUUACUGCGUAUUGAACUACUUUUUCUGCCAAAUUUGUUGUCUAACAUGAUGUUUCAUUUGUAAAAUUGUAACCUAAUUUGACGUUUAAUAGGCUUUUCCUUAAUGCCUCCUUAUUAUCCAACAUAUUCGCUUAUUCAACAUUCUGCCGGCCCGUUUAUGUUGGAUAAGUGAGACUCUACUGUAUCUAUAUAUCUGUGGAGAGUCCAGGGUGUGACAAGAGUCCUUUGUCAGUUGGAAGCCAGUGUUAAUGUUGCAAUUAAUCACCCUAAUUAGCAUUGGAAAGGUUUGGACACAGUAUAUUAUUUGAGAACACAGAAAUGCUGGACCACUCCAACAACUAUCAUGUCAGACUACACAGAGAAGCCAUUGAAAUCCAUAAGCAUGUGGACAACUUCAACAGAAAGGAGGAAACCAUGAAAAUGAACAAAAUCUGGCUACCGGUAUUAAAAAACUAAAAAAUCAGAACAGUAGGUGGGAAGCAACACUCUGAGGGCAGAGGAGCCCCAGGGAUGGCUAAUGACUCUGAACAAAGGAUGCCCUCCAGGCAAGAGACAAACCUUUUCCAAUGCUAAUUAGGGUGAUUAAUUGCAACAUUAAUGCUGGAUUCGAGCUGACAAAGGACUCUUGUCACACCCUGGACUCUCCACAGAUAUAUAUUUGCCUUCCUUACCUAGUCUAUCCAUGCCUCACAACCUCUGAGGAUGCCUGCCAUAGAUGUGGGCCAACGUCAGGAGAGAAUACUUCUGGAACAUGGCCACACAGCCCGAAAGACAUACAACAACCCUGUUGAGCCUUUCUUGCUUUUACAGUUCUGCAGACUGGCAAGACCAGGAUUUCUCAAACUGCGUUCUUCCAGAUGUUUUGGACUUCAGCUCCCACAAUUCCUAACAGCUGGUAAAGUGGCUGGGAUUUCUGGGAGCUGAAGUCCAAAUGACUUGGAGGAGCAGACUUUGAAAAAUACUGGUCAAGACAAACCUGGCUAAAAACAGUGCCUUCUUAUAACCCUGAUUGUCAUAUCUCUGUGCCUCAAGAACUCCCUCCUCCAUCCAAGAUUCCUAAGGACAGCAGAGUCUCGCUUAUCCAACCUUUGCUCAUACAAUAUUCUGUAUUAUCCAACACAGUCUGCCCUUUAGUAGCCAAUGUUUUUGUAGUCAAUGUUUUCAAUACAUUGCGAUGUUUCGGUGCUACAUUUGUAAAUACAGUCAUUACUACAUAACGUUACCGUAUAUUGAACUGCUUUUUUUCUGGCGAUUUCUUGUAUUUUAAAACAUGAUAUUUUGGUGCUUAAUUUGUAAAAUCAUAAUGUUGGCUUUUUUUCCGUGUCAGGAGCAACCGGAGUUGCUUCUGGAGUGAGAGAAUUGGCCGUCUGCAAGGACAUUGCCCAGGGGAUGCCCGGAUGUUUUGAUGUUUUACCAUCCUUGUGGGAGGCUUCUCUCAUGUCCCCGCAUGGAGCUGGAGCUGAUAGAGGGAGCUCAUCCAUGCUCUCCCCGGGUGGGAUUCGAACCUGGCAGCCUUCAGGUCAGCAACCCAACCUUCAAGUCACUUUUAUCCCCUAGGCUACCGGAGGCUCCAAUCAUAAUGUAAUUUGACAUUUAAUAGGCUUUUCCUUAAUACCUCUUUAUUAUCCAACGUCUUAACAGACUAGAGAGAUGGGCCGAAACUAACAAAAUGAAGUUCAACAGGGACAAAUGCAAGAUACUUCACUUCGGCAGAAAACAUGGAAUGCAAAGAUACAGAAUGGGGGACGAUGCCUAGCUCGACAGCAGUAAGUGUGAAAAAGACCUUGGAGUCCUUCUGGACAAGUUAAACAUGAGCCAACAAUGUGAUGCGGCAGCUAAAAAAGCCAAUGGGAUUCUGUCCUGCAUCAAUAGGGGAAUAGCGUCUAGAUCCAGGGAAGUCCUGCUCCUCCUCUAUUCUGCCUUGGUCAGACCACUUUACCUGGAAUCUCACUGUGUCCAAUUCUGGGCACCACAAUUGAAGGGAGAUAUUGACAAGCUGGAAAGCGUCCAGAGGAGGGCGACUAAAAUGAUUAAGGGUCUGGAGAACAUGCCCUAUGAGGAGCGGCUUAAAGAACUAGGCAUGUUUAGCCUGCAGAAGAGAAGGCUGAGAGGAAACAUGAUAGCCAUGUACAAAUACGUGAAGGGAAGUCAUAGGGAGGAGGGAGAAAGCUUGUUUUCUGCUGCCUUGGAGAUUAGGACAUGGAACAAUGGCUUCAAACUACAGGAAAGGAGAUUCCACCUGAACAUCAGGAAGAACUUCCUCACUGUGAGAGCUGUUCAGUAGUGGAACUCUCUGCCGCGUACUGUGGUGGAGGCUCCUUCUUUGGAGGCUUUUAAGCAGAGGCUGUGGAUGGCCAUCUGUCGGGGGUGCUUUGAAUGCAAUUUCCUGCUUCUUGGCAGAAAGGGGUUGGACUGGAUGGCCCAUGAGGUCUCUCCCAACUCUAUUAUUCUAUUUCCGCUUGUCCAAUGUUCUGCUGGCCCGUUUAUGUUGGAUAAGUGAGACUCUACUGUAGUUUUAUUUUGAAACAAUGGCUAGCAUCCUAUGGGGAUUGUACAACAUUGUAUACCAACAUGCGAUUGACUACGUGACAGUCAUGUUUCGGGAAAGGAGAAUUGCUCUAGCAAGGCCAUGGAGGCUGUUGUUGUGAAGGAGUCACAAGACUUAGCAGUGUGGCACUUUGUAGAACAGCUUGCCAAUGCGCAAUUAGAAUACAAGGGCAGGGGCAAUGGUUCCCAAUACAGCCACGGGAUUCUGGUUAUCCAGAAUGGAGGGCACUGGAAUAUCAUGUAUUUAGCUAGAGGAAUGUCUUGACUGUUCACGGUGGUCUGCUGCCUGUGGGCACCCUUUUCUCAUAUAUUCAUUUCCCAUAUCCGUUGCUUUACCAUUGAAAAGUCAUCAUACUUUAUCAUCAUAGCCCAUGGAGCAGGGCCUCAGUCUUUGUUUUUAAGGUCAGGUAACUAUAAGUGUUUGGACAAGACUGGUGCAUAUCUGCUUAUCAAUGUGGCAUUCUGUUGUCGGUUAGGGAGGGACACACCUGUCUGUCCAUGAUCCAUGCCAUGUUUAUACUCUCUUGAUUCAGAAUUCUAUUCCAUUUGGUUUCCAUGUUAAAUCUGUAUUAUUAUUUUUUGAAAAAAAGAGAAUUAAAAAUGACUUAAAGUAUCCAUGAA